AUGUUUGUCAUUCAACCCAAUUAUACGACAUUCAGUCAUAUCCCAGGUUUAAGGCAAGGAUAUGACAUCGCAUUAUUGAAAUUGGAUUCACAGAUAUUGAUGACACAGUCGACGGGUGGGUAUCCGACAGUUAAUGCCAUUUGUUUGCCCGACAGAGACAUUGUUAACACCGAUAAAGAGUUGGCAGUGUUUGCCGGUUUCGGUGAUACUGACGAUAAUGUAAUUAAUUUGGGUCCACUCAGGAAGGGUUGGUUUCUAAUGACUGAAUCAUCUAAUAACGCGUCAGAUAACUACAGUUAUUUGAUUUUUAGUCAAAGAUAUCCAUUAUAUGUGGGAACCGGUAUCUGUAAUGGUGAUUCUGGUGGACCAUUGGUUCAGUAUGUAAUGGACAACAAUAAUCAUAAAAGUGUUAACAAUGUUAUGACGGGUAGUGGUAGUGGUAGUGAUGGUGGUGGUGGUGGUGGUGGUCGGGCAGUACUAAUAGGUUUAGCUAUGGGUGUCACAACUAAGUUGCCUACCUGUCAGUCCAGACAUACCGAUACUGUCAUAAUAUUUGUUCGCAUAUCUAAACAUAUUGAUUGGAUUAUUAAUACAGUGUCCCAACACUAA